AUGUCGGGCUGGAAGUAUGCAUUUUCCCUGACUAAAGAGGAGGUCUCGGCGGCCACACCUCCUGGAACGGUGAGGUUGAUAGUCGAAGAUGAGUCCGCCGACAGAUCACGAAGACUAUCCAACUCUCUACGACGAUUCCCACAACCUUCGGACGACCCUGCAGAUCCUCUGAACUGGGCGCAAUGGCGCAAAUUCGCAGUCUUGUUGACCGUCUCACUGUACUCCUUCACCGGCAACUUUAACAGUUCGGAAAUCGCACCGACGCUGCAGCUAUGGGCCAAAACCUUCCCGAACGAUGUUCGGUCCUUUAGUGAACUUACUUACUUCAUCGCAGUCAACAUUCUGUUAAUGGGAGCAUCGAAUAUCUGGUGGGUACCGCUAUCAAACAUCUUUGGUCGACGGCCCGUGCUGCUAGCCGCAACGCUCCUCAUGACGGUCACCAGCAUCGCAUGUGCCGUCACAAAAACCUAUAAUGGGGUUCUCGUCUCCAGACUUUUCCAAGGCAUGGGAGCUGGCGCGUCCGAAUCAGUUGCCCCAGCCCUCAUCGGAGAGAUGUUUUUCGUAGACGAGCGUGGACGCGCCAUGGCCAUCUACACAGUCUUCCUCGCGAGCGGUUCGUUGGUAGGGGGCCUUUCAGGCGGCUACAUCGGUUACCAACUAGGCUGGGCCUACAUCUUCUGGAUCGCCACGGCCCUGUCCGGCGCCUGCUUCGUCGGCACUCUUUUCUUCGUCCCCGAGACCCUCUACGACCGCGUCCUCUCCCCUUUCGACCCCGCCAUCGGCUCGUCAAUGGACGAAAAGGGGGUGGACAGCCACCUCGAAGACGCCGGGAGCCAGGUCCUCAACUACCGGCCAUACACCUACGCCAGAUCUCUCGGCUUCACGCACUACCGCGGCGGCGUCGUGGCCAAAUUCCUCGCCCCCUGGAAGACGCUCAGGUUCCCGGGGACCUGGGUCGUCAUGUUCCACUACGCCGGCCUCGUCGGCGGCAUCGUCACAAUCUCCACCGUCGGGCCCCAGCUCGUCGCGGCGCCGCCGUACCACUGGGGCGCCAACGUCGGCCUCAUCAACAUUGGGGGCGUCAUCGGGACCAUCCUGGGCGCCUUGUACACGUAUCUCCUCUCCGACUCCCAGCUCAAGAAGAAGGUCAAGAGCUCGAGCAGGGGACUGGCGGAAGCGGAGAGCAGGUUGCCGACCAUGUUUCCCUCGCUGGUCAUUGCGACUGGCGGGUUCCUCGUCUUUGGCUUCACGGGCCAGUACCCUUCGAAGAAUGGGUGGGUUGGUCUCUGUGCCGGGUUUGCCAUGGUGUCGUUUGGUCUCAUGCAACUACCAUCCGUCGGCUUCAACUAUCUCAUCGAUGCGUAUCAACAUUUAGCUGGUGAUUGCUUUGUCAUGGUCACUAUUAUGCGAGCCAUUAUUGCGUUUGCGUGGACGUUCUUUGUUGCGGAUUGGGUCGAGAAGAAGGGACCGUCUGAACCGUUUGGCAUAUUUGGCAUGCUGAUGGGACUUUUCUCUCUUCUGACUAUCCCCUUAUGGCUCUUUGGAAAGAGGAUGAGGAUUGCUACGAGGAAGCUAGUGGAGGAGGCUUGA